GCAAUUAGCUCAUUCCUUCGCCGCGCUCUCUGGAUUGACGCACAGCAGAGGAGCCGCUGCAAUUUCCCCCUUUGGCGAUCAGUGCUGAUUGGGUCUCUGCAAAGCAAGCCGUUCACCAAACUUUUUUUCCCCUUCUCUCUCCCCUUCUUCUAAAUGUUUGCCUUGAGUGUCUCUUGGCUGCGAGAAGAGGGAUUUUUCCCCCCCCAAAAAACCACCUCUCGGAUAUUUAUUUGUGCUAUUUAAUUCCCUCUUCUCUGAGAGAGAGAAGACGAGAAAGAAGAUAAUUCAUAUAUAUAUAUAUACACACACACAUAUAUACAGAGAGAGAGAGAACUAGCUACUUGUUUGGGCUGCGCUGAUUUUUAAUUUUUUUGGGGGGGUGGGGGUAUUUUCUCCGCCCCCAUCCCCUACAUUCAAGAAGAGAAAGUUGGAAAACUCGCUCGUUUUAGGGGAAUAUAGCUAUAGAUAUAUCAAAAGUUUUUGCCAACUUUGGGGGGCGAGAUGGCCCUUUUGGGAUAUGUGUUGUUUCUUUGUGGGCUGACCCAAGGUCUUUCGAGCUAUCCAAUCUGGUGGUCUUUGGCGAUUGGCCAUCAAUAUUCCUCCUUGGGGACGCAGCCCAUCCUGUGUGGUAGCAUCCCUGGUCUGGUGCCCAAGCAACUGCGGUUCUGUCGGAACUAUGUGGAGAUCAUGCCCAGUGUAGCCGAAGGGGUGAAGAUUGGCAUUCAGGAAUGCCAGCACCAGUUCCGUGGGAGGAGGUGGAACUGUACUACCAUCAACGACAGCUUGGCUAUCUUUGGGCCAGUGUUGGAUAAAGCCACCAGGGAGUCAGCCUUCGUUCACGCCAUCGCCUCUGCCGGCGUGGCUUUUGCAGUGACCAGAUCCUGCGCCGAAGGCUCAGCCACCAUCUGCGGCUGCGACACGCGUCACAAGGGCCCUCCGGGAGAAGGCUGGAAAUGGGGAGGCUGCAGCGAGGAUGUGGAAUUUGGGAGCAUGGUGUCUCGGGAAUUUGCGGAUGCACGGGAGAACAGGCCGGACGCUCGGUCAGCCAUGAACAGGCACAAUAAUGAAGCUGGAAGGACUUCCAUUAUCGACCACAUGCACCUCAAAUGCAAGUGCCACGGAUUGUCAGGCAGCUGCGAGGUCAAGACCUGCUGGUGGUCCCAGCCUGACUUCCGGGUCAUCGGCGACUACCUCAAGGACAAAUAUGACAGCGCUUCGGAAAUGGUGGUGGAGAAACACAGAGAGUCCCGCGGCUGGGUAGAGACGCUGCGGCCCAAAUACAACUUCUUCAAAGCCCCGACCGAGAGGGACCUAGUCUAUUAUGAGAACUCGCCCAACUUCUGUGAGCCGAACCCCGAGACCGGCUCCUUCGGCACCCGCGACAGGAUCUGCAAUGUCACCUCCCAUGGGAUAGAUGGUUGUGACCUCUUGUGCUGCGGGCGUGGACACAACACGCGGACUGAGAAGAGGAAGGAGAAGUGCCACUGCAUCUUCCAUUGGUGCUGCUACGUCAGCUGCCAGGAGUGCAUACGAGUCUACGACGUCCACACGUGCAAGUAAAAUGGGAUGGCCAUGGAAAACGAAUCAGAGGUGGCUUUUUCUAGGGGAGGAAGUUGACUUCGUGAAACAAAAAAAAUAUGCACACACACACAAAGAGGCUAACACUGGUUGGCUAGAAUAGGUCUAAUUUCUUCUCGACCGUCACACCUGGAUGUUAACCUUACGAUUCCUGACAAACCAAGAAACCAGCCAGCCAGCCAUUUUUGACCUCCCGCCUUGCAGGAGACUGUGGCUUCUUUAACUAGUCAAGAAAAUAGAGCUGGGUAGCGGAUGGAUAGCAGGUUUCCAGAAAGUUCCGGAGUCUCUGCUCUUUCCUGUCUCGACUCACACGGCAAAACUUGUGCUAUUAAGUGUCCUUUGAAUGUUGUGCGUCUUCCUGAAACAUGGCCUAUCUGUGCUUUAGGAGCAUGGAAGAAGCUUCUAGCGCAAUGACUCUUGAUGUUCCAGCCCAGCCUGUGGCUAUGUUUCUACGUAUAGAAUUAACAACAGGUGGUAUGUUCUUUUUUAAAGGCCCUCAUGCAACCUCCCACAGGAACUGGAGGAACUUGCAGACCGUUCUUUGCUCUGUGGAACUGCCAAACUUUUUCUCUUAUGAACUGGUUGGCCUAGCGCCUUGUAAUGUAUUCAUAGGAAGUGACGAUUCAAACAAUACUUCUGCCAUGGGAGAAGGAAACAGGAAGUGAGGUGUUGCUGUGACAUGUGUGUGUUACACAAUGUGAUAGAGUAUAUAUAUAUACAUACACACACACACACACA